AUGGUCUCACACAUAUAUAGGCACAGAUGUGUUUUAUAAUUCCUGUUUGGGCUUAAGAAACGUGCUAGAGGUUGGCUGGAGAUACUGAUUGGUUGGAUCAUCGCUUUAAGAUAGAAUCAUCGAAGAAUCUAGAAAGAGUCAUGUGGUUGAUCCUGGCCUUGCUGCUAGUCCUCAUCCAAGGUGCUCUGUUUGAGGACAGACUCAACAUGUGCAUGGAUGCAAAACACCACAAAGUAGAGCCUGGCCCUGAGGGAAAGCUGUAUAGUCAGUGUGAACCCUGGAGUGAUAAUGCAUGUUGUACUGCCAACACAACAGAAGAGGCCCACCAGGAUAACUCCUACCUGUACAACUUCAACUGGGAUCACUGUGGCCCCAUGAGCACCAAGUGCAAGAAACAUUUUGUGCAGGACACUUGCUUUUAUGAAUGCUCACCACACUUGGGACCUUGGAUACAAGAAGUGGACCAGAGCUGGCGAAAGGAGCGCAUAUUGGAUGUGCCUCUCUGUAAGGAGGACUGUGAACAGUGGUGGGAAGAUUGCAAAGAUGAUUUCACCUGCAAGACUGAUUGGCACACAGGAUGGAACUGGGGCUCAGGUAUUAACAAGUGCCCCGACGGCAGCAAAUGCAGGAAGUGGACUGAAGUUUUCCCAACACCCAAAUCUAUGUGUGAACAAAUCUGGUCUAACUCUUACCUUUACACAACAUAUACCAAAAACUCUGGCCGUUGCAUGCAGCUCUGGUUCACCAAACCAAACCCCAACAAGAAGGUAGCCGAAUACUACCUCAACAGCGCACAGCAGAGUCAAAGCUUUGCUCUGACAACAUUUCUCCUGCUGGCUGUCAUGACUCUCUUUGUAAUCUACUAAAAUUAUAUAAUUGAUUUAUCCUGUAUCACCUUGGAGAAAACCAUUAAAGUGGUUUUAAAUGCUCUUUUUUCUCUUUUAAGUAACUGGCACUCUAAAUUUACAGGUUUGCGCCCUUGUAAGCAAAUCCACUUUACUCACCACUUUAUCUAUUUAACAUUUAGUUUUUUUUUUAAUUAUACAAAAAUGUAAAGAAUAAUUUUUUCUUGUCAACAAGAGACUCGAGAGUAAAGUGUCUGUCCUAUUCUUGUCAAUUUAAAAGCCCUUGUUUAGAAAGUCUUAAGAAUAACUGCUAAUCUUUUCAUUUGUUGGCUGAAAUUCCAAAAAUAAAAGUACCCCUUUUUGAAAA